UGAUUGUUGAUGACGUGUGGUGAAAUUAGUGGUGAAGAAAGUGCUUCAAUUUUAAGUGUUUUUAGGAGAAAAUUAGCCAAAAAGACGGUGAAAAUGAAGAAAAAUCCUCCUGAAUUGUCAGGAAAAGAAAAACAAGUAUCCAGUUAUAGAUGGACUGUAUUUGCCAUAAUCGUGCUUUUAACAGUUCUUACACGAUUUUACAAAGUCACAGAGCCUGAUCAUGUUUGUUGGGAUGAGACGCAUUUUGGCAAAAUGGGCAGUUGGUACAUCAAUCGAACUUUCUUCUUCGAUGUCCAUCCACCUCUUGGGAAGAUGCUUAUUGCCCUUUCUGGGAAAUUAACUGGCUACAAUGGGACCUAUCCAUUUGAGAAGCCAGGAGACAAGUACAAUGGGACAAGAUAUGAGGGAAUGCGAAUAUUUUGUACCACUCUUGGAGCCCUAAUUGUACCCAUGUCCUUUGAUAUUGUCCACGAUUUGACAAGAUCUGUCCAGGCAUCGCUGAUGGCAUCUGCCUACAUUCUUCUGGAUGUUGGGAUGAUCACUCUAAAUCAGUACAUUUUACUUGAUCCAAUACUGAUGUUCUUCAUGACAGCCUCAGUUCUUGGGAUGGUAAAAGUGACAAAGAACACAGAAGAGGAUAGGUCUUUUUCUGGAAUCUGGUGGUUCUGGUUACUCUUCACAGGCUUGAUGCUUGCCUGUACAAUAAGUGUAAAAUUUGUUGGAUUAUUUGUGGUACUUCUAGUUGGUCUCCAUACAAUCAGCGACCUGUGGAAUGUUCUUGGGAAUUUAUCCAAACCUGUGAUAUUCACUGUUAAGCAACUCAUAGCCCGAGCCAUUGCUCUUAUCGCCUGGCCAGCUCUUGUCUACAUGUUUUUCUUCUACAUCCACCUUGAGAUUCUGAACAGGAGUGGCAAUGGCGAUGGGUUCUACAGUUCGGCUUUUCAGUCAAAACUGAUAGGGAAUUCUCUCUACAAUGCCAGCAUGCCCAGAUACGUAGCCUAUGGGGCUGUAGUUACUAUAAAAAACCACAAAACAGGAGGAGGGUAUCUUCAUUCCCACUUCCAUCUCUAUCCAAAAGGUGCCGGAGCACGGCAACAACAGAUUACAACGUAUACUCACAAAGACGAAAAUAACAAGUGGCGCGUAAAGUAUUACAAUAAGGACGUGAACCCGGAUGAUGAAGUGGAUAUCCUAAGGAAUGGUCAGUUGGUGAGAUUGGAACACGUUCCAACAAGGAGGAAUCUCCACUCACAUCCGGAGCAAGCACCACUUACCAAAAAGCACUACCAAGUCACAGGAUACGGAGAGAAUGGAACGGGUGAUGCCAACGACGUAUGGAAGGUAAUCAUUGUGGGUGGACGUGAAAAUGAACGCGUGGAAACUGUAACGACUAGUCUGUUGUUUAUUCACUAUCUGCAAAAUUGUGCUUUAACAACGAGCGGAAAGCAGUUGCCGAAAUGGGGCUUUGAGCAGCAGGAAGUCACAUGUAAUCCCAAUCUUCGGGACAGUAGCGCCCAGUGGAAUGUUGAGGAUAAUGAAUUCGACAGACUGCCCAAAGUGAACUUUGAGGUCUAUGCACCGGGAUUCCUGUCCAGAUUCUUCGAAUCCCAUGCGGUUAUGAUACAAGGAAAUGCCGGUCUCAAGCCAAAGGAAGGUGAAGUGACCAGCCAACCAUGGCAAUGGCCUAUCAAUUACAGGGGUCAAUUUUUCUCGGGUUCUGCUUAUCGAAUCUACUUACUGGGAAAUCCCAUAAUCUGGUGGAGCAAUUUGGUCUUCAUCGCCAUUUUCCUCGUACUCUUCAUCAUCUCGGCCAUUCGCCACGAACGAGGCUACGAGGAUUUUACUAAUCCCGACAGUGAAUCUAAAUGGAGAUCUCUGAGAGCAGGAGCCUGGCUCUUUGGCGGUUGGCUGCUCCACUACCUGCCGUUCUGGGCGAUGGGAAGAGUCCUCUACUUUCAUCAUUACUUCCCCGCGCUCAUUUUCAAUUCAAUGCUAACAGGUGUUGUAUUCAAUUAUUUGACACAUCGUCUUCCCAUCUGGCUCAGACAGACAGUGCUUGGGGCUUCUCUGGGCGUUCUGGGGUGGAGUUUCGUGAAAUUCUCACCACUUGCCUAUGGGAUGAUGGGUCCAUCAGCCGGUGAAGCCAAUUCCACCAUGAAUGGCCUCAAAUGGAUGGAGUCAUGGGAAUUUUGAGAUUAACUUCCUCUCUCUCUGCUACACAACAUACUUUUAUGGUAAGGAUAUUGAUGAAAAUUGACACAAUUCAGCAAUAAAUUUUCGGAAAUAUGGCAAACAAAGAGGAAAAUGCUAUAUAGUCUAAGCAAAAAAUGCAAAUUAAGGAAGAAUAAACAAAAAGGGAGAGCAGAAAGAACAUUAAGCAAUUGCCGGAUUAACUUUAUACAGCUUUUUCUAAGAAAGAAAAAAAUGUAAGAAAAUAUUACAAUCUUUGAUUUCCAUUUCUUUGGACUGUAAAAUUUAUAACAAUUUUGCCCAUUAAGCCAAAAUAUUGAUAAUAAAAAAUAAAUAAAUGAAAAGAUGUCGUGUCUUCUAUUAAAGAUUGGGAAAUAAAACCUACAUGUGCUUUAAUCCAAUAACAAAACAUUAAAUAUUCUAAUUGGAAUCAUACUUUGUGAAAUAUAAAAAAAAAUCUUUAUAUGAAUUUUGUCAUUAUACGAACAAACAGUAAAGAAAAAUGGGGAUAUUGAGAUAUGCAUAAUGCUCUUAUAAUAGAAAAUGAAAAUAGUUCUUACCGUUUAAGAGAAACAUUAGGGGAUGUGCGCCAAAUUUCGGUCAGCUUCUAAUUUCGGUCACUUUGAGUGUAAAUUCGGCCAUGGAAAUAAAUUAAUUGUAAUUAUGUAUGUAAUCUUCGAAUAGUCAAUGAAUUCAUUUUGCUUUUAAAUAUUUAUUCAUUUCAGGAUGUAUUAACACAAGGACCGUUAAAUUUUAAUUUUUACUAGUUUUCAAGGUUCCACACAACCUUCCCGAAAAGGAAGUAACAAAAAAUAUAAAUUUGAAUUAAAAUUAUUGCAUUUUAACCUUAAGACUUCGGUGCUUAUAUGCAACUAUGCCUAGAUUUGGCACACUUACCCUAAUUUCCUAUAGAAGUCGACACAAAAAAUAAACUAAUUCGUUUGUUCAAUAUUUCCAUUUAUCCACAGUUUAUAGUUACAGUUUCAAACUCCUUCGUUAUUUUAAGGAUUGUUUAUUGAGAAAAUUAUAUAGGAGUUAAAACAGCUUUUUGUGUGUAAGAUAUUCUGAUUUUCCUUAAACUAAAAUUUAUGAAAGAAUAUUUUAGUACUCUCUCCCAUAUAUGAUACUCAAGCUUGCCAUAGAGAAACAUAAAACACAGACAAAAGAUUGUAUACUACCUACAAAUGGGUAAUUUAGAAUCGGAAAUAAAUUCUGAAUUUGUGAAUUAA